AUGUACAUGACAUGGAGGUACAGGAAAGCGCAUAUUAUUUUAAACAAUGUAAGGAAGGGAGGGAAAGAGCUACCGAAUAGGGAAGAUAAAGUGAUGCCUAAAAAAGAUGAUAAAAGGGCACCUACAUGGGAACAGAUAAAGUCAUCAAAGAAGGAGGGGAAAAUGGAACCUAGAUGGGAAGAGGAAAUGGCACCUAGAUGGGAAGAGAAAAUGACACCUAGAUGGGAAGAGAAAAUGACACCUAGAUGGGAAGAGAAAAUGACACCUAGAUGGGAAGAGAAAAUGACACCUAGAUGGGAAGAGAAAAUGGCACCUAGAUGGGAAGAGGAAAUGGCACAUAGAUGGGAAGAGAAAACGACACCUAGAUGGGAAGAGGAAAUGGCACCUAGAUGGGAAGAGAAAAUGGCACAUAGAUGGGAAGAGAAAAUGACACCUAGAUGGGAAGAGAACUUCGAUCCUAUCAAAGACAAUUAUUAUCAUAAGAGAAGAUAA